ACAUCAAACCAUGACAUUUGACAGAACGUCGUUCCAUCAAUACUGUGAACAUGUCAGUUUUCUUUUUCUGAGGUUAGGUUAGUUAUAAAUUCGAACGUGAUACUACUCGUUGAUUGAAUAUUGUGUGUUGUCAUUGGAUUCGAUUGGAAUUUUAAUUUAAAUAAAAAUAAUGGCAAGCACCGCAAGUGAGCCAGAAAUUGCCAAGCAUGCCGUUUUGGUGAAAAGUGAAAAAUUGCCCGAUUUAACACCCGUGGUCAAGGGCUAUGAAUGGAAUAAUGGGAUCGAUUAUGAUCAACUGCUCGGAUCAUACGUUCAUUCAGGAUUCCAGGCCACCAAUCUUGGAAAGGCCAUUGAUGAAGUCAAUAAAAUGUUAGAUUGUCGAGAGAUUCCAAUUCGAAAAGAAGAUGUGGAUUUCUAUGAAGAGGAUGAGUUCAUUCGACGGAAAAGCAAUUGUACCAUAUUCCUAGGAUACACAUCAAAUAUUGUUUCAUCCGGACUACGUGAAACGAUUCGAUUUCUAGUCGAACACAAAAUGGUGGAUUGUAUCGUGACCACGGCUGGUGGAGUUGAAGAGGAUUUAAUCAAAUGUCUGGCACCAACAUUCAUCGGCUCGUUUGAACUGGACGGCAAAACACUGCGUGAGAAAGGGAUAAAUCGAAUCGGAAAUUUACUUGUGCCAAAUGAUAAUUAUUGUAAAUUCGAAAACUGGGUUCUACCUCUACUUGACGAAAUGCUUAAUGAACAAAAGACCAACAAUGUCUUGUGGACACCGUCGAAAAUUAUUGAGAGACUAGGCCAACGGAUGAAUGACGAGUCUUCAAUCUGCUAUUGGGCUGCCAAAAAUAAAAUACCAGUAUUCAGUCCAGCACUAACGGAUGGAAGCUUGGGUGACAUGAUGUACUUCCAUUCGCAUCGAAAUCCUGGACUGGUCGUUGAUAUUCUAUCUGACUUGAAAAGACUCAAUACAAUGGCAGUGAAGGCGCUUAACUCAGGUGUUAUCAUCGUUGGUGGUGGAUUGAUCAAACAUCAUAUUUGCAAUGCCAACUUGAUGAGAAAUGGAGCUGAUUUUUCUGUUUUCCUGAAUACGGCGUCUGAAUUUGAUGGUAGUGACAGCGGUGCUAGGCCCGACGAAGCUGUUUCAUGGGGAAAAAUCCGAAAAGAUGCGACGCCAGUGAAGAUUUAUGCAGAGGCAUCUUUGAUAUUACCAUUAUUAGUUGGUCAAACAUUUGCCAAGCGACACUUUUUGAAUAAAAACAUUCAAAAUUCGCAACAAUGAUAACACA